GUUCCGCGGAAGGUGGAUUCUGAAGGCUGGUCUGAAGGCAAGAUCACCUGCUGUGUCUGACCACAAUCACCAUGCCUCGGGGUCAGAAAAGUAAGCUCCGCGCCCGUCAGAAACGCCACCAGGCCUAUGGUGAGACCCAGGGCUUGAGGGGUGCUCAGGCCACUGCAACCAAGGGGGAAGCGUUCUCCUCUUCACCCCCUCCUUUUGGAGCUACUACUCAGAGAAAGCGUGGUGCUGGGUCACGUGGUGCUCCCAAGAGGCCUCAGAGAGUUCUGCCCACCACCACUGUGUCUGCAGGUGUGUCUCGCACAAGAUCAUGCAAAGGAGCCAAUGGCAAAAUUGAGAAAAAGCAAAGUGCCUCUCAGGCCCUGCUUUCCGCUGUGCGGUCUCAGAGAGACCCUCUAAGCAAUGCAACGCGCAUGUUGGUGCAGUUCCUGUUGCACAGGUAUAAAAUGAAAAAGCCCUUUGUGAAAGCAGAUAUGCUGAAGAUCAUCAGUAAGAAGUACCAAAAUCGAUUCCUUGAGAUCCUCGAAAGAGCCUCUUUCAGCCUGGAGGUGGUAUUUGGUGUUGAUUUAAAGAAAGUCAACCUUCCCAAGCAUUCUUACAUCCUUGUCAGCAAGAUGGACCUCCCUCACAAUGGGACGGUCAGCCCAGGCAAGGGGUUUCCCAAGAGCGGCCUCCUGCUGAAUCUCCUGGGUGUGAUCUUCAUGAAGGGCAACUGUGCCACUGAGGAGGAGAUCUGGAAGUUCCUGAAUAAAAUGAGAGUCUACGCUGGGAAGAGACACUUCAUAUUCGGGGAGCCCAAGAAGCUCAUCACGGAAGAUUUGGUGAAGCUUAAGUAUCUGGAAUACCGGCAAGUGCCCAACAGUGAUCCAGCUCGCUAUGAGUUCCUGUGGGGUCCAAGAGCCCAUGCCGAAACCAGCAAGAUGAGAGUCCUGGAGUUUCUGGCCAAGAUUAAUCAUACCAUCCCCAGUGCCUUCCAGUCUUGGUAUGAAGAGGCUUUGAAAGAUGAAGAGGAGAGAGUCCAAGCCACAGUUACGCUAAAGGCUGACACCAGUGCCGUGGCCAGUGGAAGUUCCAGUGUUAUGUCCAGCAGCAACUACCACCCCUAG